AGAGCUGCCUGAAGUAGGUGAGCGAGUAGGUUAUCGAAGAGGGCGAAUUGUUUUGUUUUUUAGCAACAAAAUGAGGAACAAUGUCUACUGAAACUUCAGUACCAAACGAACGAAGCAAAAUAGCAAAAUACAGAUGGCGAAUGCUUGCUGAGGUUUUGAAUGGAGGUAAUUGUGCAAAAACAGCUGAUAACUUAGUGUCUGUCAGACGUUUCCAGUCAUUUGGAUUGUUACAAUCAGAACUUGUAGAUAAUGAUGCUGAGGAAAAAAAUCAGGGAUGUAAUUGGUAUUUGUACUAUUGUCCAGACAUUCCUGGAUUUUCCAUGAACAUCAGGCAACUUUCUGGUGAAAUAUCUGCUGAAAGAUUAAAUGGGUUUAACAACACUGGCAAUGUUUGUGUGUGGCCGUCUGAAGAGGUCAUGACAUAUUAUUGCAUGCAGCAUGUACAAGGCUUCAAAGGAAUGAAUAUUUGUGAGGUCGGGGGAGGAAUGACUUGUUUAGCAGGUGUCGCUCUAGGUGUGUGCUCUGAGGCAAGUCAUGUAGAACUUACAGAUGGUAAUGAAGAUUCUGUCCAGAAUUUACAGAGAAUUCUUGAAAAUAAUAAUUUUGGAGAGACAUUAGUUGACACUAGACUUCUCAGAUGGAACUCUGAAAAAGUUGAUGAGAAACUUCUUUCCACAUUUGAUUAUGUACUAUGUGCUGAUUGUUUAUUUUUUGAUGAAGGGAGAGAGGAACUUGCACAAUUGAUUUUUGAUAUACUUAAACCUGGAGGACUUGCAUUGGUUUUUGCACCAUCUAGAAACAAUACAUUCCAAAAAUUUGCUGACAUUGCCUCAGGUCUUUUCCAAGUAGUUAUUGAAUCCAAGUAUGACAAGCGUGUAUGGGACUUGCACUGUAAGAUGCAAGAAGAGGUUCCAGAAACGUACAACAUAAAUCUUCACUAUCCAAUUAUGAUGACCUUAACCAAGUCUUCACCAACAUCUAGAGAGAUUACACCAGAAUCAAGAUAAAGUGAAUAUAAUUCCUCACCCAAGUCAAGACAUAUGGUGAACUUCUUUAAACCAAGUAUCUUGCAUGAGGAAGUUUAAAUAAAGGAAACCAUGAGUUUUACUCCAGCAUAAAUAAUUCUUAAAGAGUGGUUGAAUAUUUUGACCAUGUAUAGAUCUAGUUAGUGAUAAUCACUUUCCCCCAAAUAUACUCAGGUAUGGUCCAAAUGUGACAGAACAACUAAAUGUGAUUUAUAUUUUUCUAAUAAGUGAUAUUGUAAUAAUGUUACUAAUAUUUAUUUACUUACAUUAGUUAAGAAUAUUUAUCUUUCAGGAAUUUAUUUACCUCCUAUGUUUAUAAGAAAAAUGUUCUAACAGAAUUAUCCACUGUAGAUGAUUUCCAGAGAAUUUUUGUUUAUAUAAUUUUUCUGUAGUCUAUUUACUUGUAAAAUCAUUCCAUAUGUUGUUAGUUUCAUCAUUAUGUGUAAUAUUUUUUUGCAGUUAAAAUAAAUAAAAUCCAUAACACUGAUAUCCAAUUAUU